UCACCCCGCCUCCCUGUUCAAGAACAGCCAGGUCUUAAGGAGCCUGCAGACAGCUUUGAGCCUAUCUCCAAACGCUGCUGCCACAAUCCUUCCAAGAUGAAGGGCUUCUUCUUCCUCCUAUUCACCAUCAGCCUCCUGGUUAUGCUUCAGAUACAAAGUGGAAUGUUGCAAAACGCUACCAACACCGUCACCCUGAGCGCAGGAGCGAGUUCCAGCACCGGCGGCGAGGCCCCCCGCCACUCCUCCUCCUCCUCCUCCUCUUCCUCCGCCACCACCAUCAUUACCACCACCACCACCACUACCACCGCCGCCGCCGCCUCCAAGAAACACGCAGGUGGGGCCGCAGCACUCAGCAGCCUGGGCAGUGUCAACGUCCUCAUCAUCUUGACCAACGCCCUUAUCCACCUCCUUCACCUCAGUUGAGGUUAUGCCUCAGCCCUAGCCCUGUGUCCUCUGAGAUAGCUGCCAAGAGAAGCUCCUCCCCUCAACCCUUGGGAGGCGCUGAUAUCAGAUAUUGCCAGUUGUGGUGACAGGAAGUGCCUCGGGGGCAACGCCGACACAGGGAGGUACUGAUAUGGAAGGGGUUAGCAUCACCCAGCCUGGGUUCAUUAAAGUUCUCCUGUACUUUAAGUAGGGUCCUAUGCGUGGUCACUG